AGCCACGAAAAUGUCACGUGAUUGGCGUUAGGGUCCAUAUGCGGGCAAUUAAACACAGUUAAGCAUGGGGAAGAAGAAGAAGGGUUUGGGGAGAGCUCUGAUCAAGGAGAGGAACCGCACCGGCCAUGGCGGCAGAGGACACGACACGUGGCUUCAUACUAGUGAGUUAAACGACGGAUACGACUGGGGUCGCCUCAAUCUGCAGUCUGUGACGGAGCAGAGCGCUCUGGAGGAUUUCCUGGCCACAGCCGAACUUGCUGGAACGGAGUUUAUCGCAGAGAAGCUGAACGUCAGAUUCGUGCCGGCGGAAGCCCGGACUGGCUUACUAACAGCCGAGGAAUCCAAAAGACUGAAGAAACUGCACAGAGAGAACAGACAGUUUCUCCGUAUCCCACGGAGGCCUCCCUGGGAUGAGCACACAAGUUCAGAGGAUCUCCAGCAAGCUGAGAGGGACAACUUCCUGACAUGGAGGCGAGACUUAGCAAGGCUGGAAGAGGAACAGAAGCUGAUUCUUACACCUUUUGAGAGGAAUCUGGAUUUUUGGAGACAGCUCUGGAGAGUCAUUGAGAGAAGCGAUGUUGUGGUUCAGAUUGUUGAUGCCAGAAACCCUUUGCUGUUCCGUUGCCCAGAUCUAGAAAAGUAUGUUAAAGAAGUGUCCAGUCACAAGGUGAACAUGCUGCUUCUGAACAAAGCGGACCUGCUGACCCGGGAGCAGCGUCGGGCCUGGGCCAGGUACUUCCAGAAAGAGGGCAUGAGGGCCGUGUUCUGGUCAGCCCUGACCGAGGCCCAGCGGCUAGAGGCCGAGGAGAAGGGACGGGAGGAGGAGGCAGGUCAGGAGACGAGCGAUCCAGAAAGCGAGGGAGCCGGGGAGGACACUUCGGUCAGCCCCUCUGGACCUCGGGACCUGCAGGAGAGGCAUGAAGAGGAAAAUGAGAGUGACCCCGAUGAUGAUGAUGAGGAGGAGGAGGAGGAAGAGGAAGAGGGGAUGGCAGCGAGGUCUGGGGACUGUAGUUCGGAGGCUGACUGGCAGACCUGCUCUGAGGCAUCUGGAGAUGAGGCAGAACUGGAGGACGAAGGUUCCUCGGACCGAGCUUCUUUUCAUAACUCGAGCCGCCUACUACGCAAAGAUGAACUCCUGGAAGUGUUUAAGUCUGCACAGUCUGGGCCCAAGUGCAAGGAGGGCCAGCUCACUGCAGGACUGGUUGGUUAUCCUAAUGUUGGGAAAAGCUCCACAAUCAACACCAUUCUGAGGAAUAAGAAGGUUUCGGUCUCUGCUACACCUGGACACACUAAGCACUUUCAGACGCUGUUUGUGGAGCCCGGACUCUGUCUGUGUGACUGCCCCGGCUUGGUCAUGCCUUCCUUCCUGUCCACCAAAGCAGAAAUGAUCUGUAAUGGAAUUCUCCCCAUCGACCAGAUGCGAGACCACGUCCCGGCUGUCUCCCUCGUUUGUCAAACUAUUCCGCGAUCUGUGCUGGAGGGAAUUUAUGGGAUCAACAUCAUUAAACCCAGAGAAGACGACGAUCCUGACCGCCCACCCACUGCUGAGGAGUUGCUGACAGCUUAUGGAUAUAUGAGGGGCUUCAUGACAGCCCACGGCCAGCCAGACCAGUCCCGAUCUGCCCGCUACGUCCUGAAAGACUACGUUAGUGGAAAACUGCUCUACUGUCACCCUCCUCCACACAUCAACGCCGACCAGUUCCAGACUCAGCACUCCAAGUUCACAAAGUGGCCCGUUCAGGAACAGCCUUCCUCUCGGAACAACAGAGCUUCCAAGGUCAAACGGAUCGAGAACUCUGUCGAUAAAAACUUCUUUCAUCAGGAGAACGUUCGCGCAUUGACGAAGGGGGUACAGCUGGUGAUGGGAUACCAGCCUGGCAGUGGGCGCCAGGACCAGGGCCCGUCUGCCCCAGAAAAGCAGGCUGGUAAACCCUGGAAAAAGCACGGCAACAGGAAUAAGAAGGAGAAAGUGAGAAGACUCUACAAACACCUGGACGCUUGAAUGUGGCCACGUCCGACAAAAAUGUCUGAGACAUCCAAAAAAAGAGAGAGGUCUUUUUCAUUUGUGCCUCCGAUUGUGGGUCAUGUAACUCUUUUAUAAGAUUUUUUCUUAAAUGCUAAACAUUCCAGCAUGAAAAUAAAGCGUUUUCUGUCGCUCGGAUCAUCCAACGCGAGAACUGAUCUAUUUUUGGGGAGGUCGGUGCACAGCUCAGACCCUCUUUAUAAUAAACGAAGUGACCCUCUUA